GGCCCUCACGCAGCUAGCGUUGGGGUUGCUAUGGAAACAGUGCUUCAGGCGCAAGCGCAGUCCUGUCAAUAGCUUCCAAUCUUAGGAAGAGAGAAAGAGGCAGAGACGGUUCGAUGCCGCCGCCGUCGCGCAAGGCCUUCGCUUGCUCUCUGGAGCUCCACAUCCGCACGGUAACAUGCCCAGGUGUUACACUGAAAGCCAAAGAUGAUGUCUACAUCAGUGCCUGCAUUUUUGGACAAUAUAAGAAGACUUCAUGUAUCCCUGCAGUUUUUCCUCUUAUAUUUGAUGAGAAACUGAUAUUUGAAAAGGUAUAUACCAAUGUAUCUGAUCCAGCAGAUCUUGUUGGACUUUUGGAAUUUGACACAGCAGUUCUUGAAUUAAUACAAACAGCUCCUCCAGUGGGAGAAAUUCUAGCUGCUUAUGAAGAAGAUACAAGAGGUUUUCUUUUUCCUUCAACUAAGCAUAAUCGUGGACAGCAAGGUUCCAUUCGUGAAGUUUUAAUGAAGAAGACCUACGGUUUUACAGGAAUUGCACCAAAAAUGAAGUUUUACACAACUUGUGUUAUUUCUGAAAGCCUGUUAAGUUCAGAAGAAGCUCAAAAGCAGGAUAACUUAGAUUGCCAGAAUCAUGCACCUACAGAUGGAAUGUUGCAAGCAAGGUCACCAAAAAAGAACACUACUUCACCUGAGAAAAUCAGGAACGUCUUAGCAACAAAGAGCUAUGAACAGCCAACAAUAGCCUCUGUUUCUCGAUCGCCGUCUCCUUACACAAGAAGGCGAAUGUGUGAGCUUUUGGAAGUCCGACAACGCUUGGCUCAUUUAGACUUAGGACCUUUUGAUUUUAGAAAAGAAACUGAUAGACCUCCAUUUGUAAUUCGACAUGUGAAACAAUGGACUCCCUCACCUGAUCUUCAUACUUGGUCACGUCCUAGGGAGAAUAUGAAAGAUGAAACAACAUAUGAUCCUACGCUUCUUGGCAGUUACAGGCCCAAGAAUGUUAAAAUUAUUGGGUCACUCCAAGAAAAAGACUUUGAUGGUUUUCCUGACAACUGUGAUGAGCACUUGAUGUCAAGUAUAGUGGGUAGACAGCUUCAUUCAGCUCGGCUGCUAACGCGUUCAGCACCCCCAUCAUUGCAGAAAUAUUCUUCAACUCCAGUUUUGAAUCGCUCAUCUCUUAGAGAAAGGUUUCGUUCUGUCUGGAACACACCAGUAAAUGGAGAAGAGAUCCAUAAGCGGGUGAAAAAUAUUUUAAGGACACACAGCACAAGGCAAAGGCUGACAUUUGAUGACAGUUGGUUGUCAAAAGAAGAGUCUGCUAAGACAAGCAAGACAGGAGUGCCCAGUAAAAAAAGAGAUGUUUCCUGUAUAGAUUCUUCAAGCAACAGUGAUCUUCAGAGCUGUUCAUCCAUACGUCAGAGCAUCAUGGUUCAUCUGGAUAAUGGUGACUAUUGGACCAGCCAAGCUGCUGAGUAUAAAAACAAACCUCACAGAGCAAUCUUUGAAGACAGCCUGGAGAAAAUCUAUCGAAACAUGUACAGAAAAGCUUCUGGCUCCAUUUUGAAAAAUAAGUAAAUUUCUUUUAGUGACACUGGUGUAAAUAUGCAAGAUAAAAAUUUUAAAAGUGCUGUUUGCCUGACUAACAUUUAUAUAUAUUUUUUCUUUUUUGUUUUUAACCUGAAAUACUUUUACAUGAACUUAUGAAAUUCUGAGGCUGGGACUCCCACAGGGGAAAAGAAAUAAAAUCUGGAGGAUUUUAAGUAGGAUGUAUUGUUUGCUUACGGGAUUUAUAGAUGUGCCAAUAUGUUUAACAUCCCAUUUCUCAAACAUACAGGUUUAAAUUGUGAUGAAUACACAUGUUUAUUCACCAUACUCCAUGCUUUUGCAUAUCCAUCGUGUCUCUGAAAUCCUAAUAUACACAUGAAUGGGAACCAUCUCCUGCCUAUUGCUUUCAAUAAUGUGUCUCUAACACUGUGCUAUUGAAAAACAUCAGUCAGGGUGGUUUUCAGUGGCAAUGCUAUAUCAGUAAUUAUCUUCCUGAAAAUAUGUAGUUCAUCCAUAUGCCCACAUGCAGGUGGAGGAAGAAAGAGCAGCAUUUCUCAUGGUGUUUGAAUGUGUGAAUUCACCAUGAAUAGCAAUAAAGUAUGCAUCAGGAACAUAGCUCACAUCCACUAUCAAAACAAGCACCUGCUGUUUUUACUGCUGUUUUGAUUCCACAGUUACAUAAGACAGAUAUGUACAUGUACAACCUAAUACCAUCUUAGUAUGGAAAAUUAUACUAAAGAACAUUGUGUGUGUGUGUGUGGUCUAUGAGCUGAUUUUGCUGGGCAUUAGGAAAAACAGCAAAACUAUUUGCUGAAAUCUGUUGUAUUACAGGACCUUGUUUUUCCUCAUUUCCUGUGCUACUUCGAAUUAUGAUGUCCUGUUUAUAAUUCCCUUUCAACAUAGCUAUACUAUAGUUUGGGAAUGAGUAUGACAUGGCUCUCCAGAUGUCAUUGGACUAUAGAUCCCAGUAGCUUAGCCAGUAGUGAAGAAUAUUGGGAGUUAGAUUCAAACAGCAGCUGGAUGGCUGCUUGUUUCCAUCCUGGCUGUUUCCUGCACUGGUGUAGGGUUUUGAAUAGACAUCUUCAGAUCUCUUUCAGCACUGCAGUUCUGUAUGAACAAUCUCUUUCUCACUGUGCUUGUUCCCAAAUUUCCCAUGAUCAAAUAGGUUCCACUGUUCUUUUCAUGUUACAUCAAUGACAAUGCAUUGUUUAAGUGUGAAAAGAGCAAGGGCAGGAGCAUAUCAGCUAACACAUCCAGCCAAAUACAAACAUCAUUAAUAUUAUGUACCUCAAUAUAAUAAAUUUGGAGUCUGUCCUUACAGGCUCAAGAGAUGCAUUGGCAGAAUUGUGCUGGAAAAGCUGGUAUCUCUCUGCUAAAGGACACCAAAUGUUCACCAGCAGUUUUGAAACUUCCCCUGAGAAGAAACCUUUCCAGCCUUCCACUGCAUAUUUCCCACACUAACAAAUCAGGGCAUCCUGCCCACUUUCUUCAGGCAUCAAGAAAUUCAGUGGCAGAGAUUUGUGUCACCUACUUCCUUUCAAAAAAGGAAAUAAAUACCUUUUUUUUUUCUGGAAUAAUCGAUUUCUGUAAAAACAGAAAUAGAUUUACAAGGGUGAUUUCAAAUGUAUCUUACCAAAGGAGCUGGUAAACAAUAUGAAGCAUAUGUAACAUACAAUUUUAUUACCAGGCUAUCUCAUUUUGUACUACUAUAUUUGCCCCAGAAUAUUUGAAGUCUUGUAUCCUCACAGAAAUGUAUUUGGUCAAACAGUGAUUUAUUUAUCCAUUUAAAGAAUUUUUAGAACCCCCUUCCCCAAAAAUAUUCAAAUAGUGUACAAUAAAGAUGGUAAAAUAACAUGAUAAAAUAUAAGUUGAGAUAUGUGCAGAGCAGAGAAGGAGGAUAUGACUUCAGUACAGCAGGUAAAAGCAGCAAAAGCUAAUUUUUAAUGUAUCACUCAAUAAAAAAUGUCUUCUUGAGGGGGUGGCAUGACAACAAAUUUGGCAGUAGGUCUCCUUGGGGAAGGCAUUCUGUAAGCCUGAAAAGGCCUCAAUUUUUGAAAUGUGUGUGUGUGUGUGUGUGUGUUUUGAGGGGGUUAUGUCACAGUUCCAGGGCCCUGAUCAACUCUGUCAAAAUGAAAUGGAGUCACUCGUGUAUCGAAAUGAUGUUUUAUUGUUUGCAUAGAACUGUAAAAGAGCAGCCAUAAAACCUAAACAAUAGCUCACAUCCCUUCAGCUGAUUGAAGGUGUCUUUUGUCAUACCUGGUGUUCAUCAGGGUCUGCAUGAUGAACUAAAUACCCCAGUGAACCAACUUCUUGGGCUGGGUUAUAGCUAAAUACACCUUGUAUGAACCAGAGUGCUAGCCUUAGUGUUCUGAAAAGUGCUGAUAUUUUUACAGGAAAAGUGGAAGGUCAACCCAUUCUAACAAAGGAACAGUUUCCCAGGUGCCUUUCCUUAAAUAAGCCUUUUAUUAAGCUCUAGCCUGGUAUCUAGGGAUGAGAAGGAAUUGCAUGAAAUUGUUUAGACAAGUUAGCUGUUUGUAAAAGGAGGAAGAGAGCCCAUCAUCUAUUCUUUCUGUCCAGAAAUGGAAUGCAGCAGCAUGUCUUCUGUUAAUCCCCAGACAGUCAUUUUCUUUCUAUUUACUUACUUCUAAGGCUCACUUAGAGAGAAGUUCAGAUAGGUUUGAGGUGAGGAUGAGCAUUGCAAUGUCUGUUAAUGACACAAAGACACUGAUAGUAUUGUUGUAUAAUUCCCAGUGGAAGGAAGUGUUGAAGAGCUUUCUCUUAGAUGAGAUGGGCAAAAGCUGUCAAGAUGUUGUUGGGCUAGGAAUCUUAACAUUCUUCCCAUUAGUUAUACUAGCUAGGUCUGAUGGCAGUUGCAGUUCUACAAUAUCUGGAGGCAGCCUUUUGCCCAUCCUGUCCUAAAUGAAAAUUUACUAAUUUCUCACAAAUGGUUACCUUUCCCUCAGCUUUCAGCAGUACCACUUCAGUUUCCAGCAAACAAAGAGGAGACAAGCUCCACGUGUUCUAAGAUGGUCAACUGUUUAUUCAGUGUUUUAAAAGCCCAGUGCGUUUCAGCCACACUAAGCUUUCAUCGGGCUGAAAACAAAUAUAAAUACUUUUAAAAUAUAAUAUUUUAAAAGAUAGGACAACACUCAUCAAACUAUGAUACAGAAAUAUCCAUAUAGUUUUUAUCAAAGUUAUACAUAUCCUUGAAAAGAAGUCACUGGAGUUGUAAACACUGUCUAAAAUACAGGGCCAUAGAGAUAAAGGGAACAGACACUGUAGUAUUUCUGUAUAUAUACAUAUUCCAGAGGACCUUGGAAAGGCAUAACCAAUGAUAUGCCUUGGGACACAGCACAGGGACAUGGUGCAAUCUCUCCAGACAGUUGUUCAGUCAUUAUAUUACAGUCAUACAUGUGUUCUGAUGUAUAAUUUCUCUGUUACAUUCAAAUUCAGGAUUGUAGAUCCAAAUCUUCAUUUAAACCUGCAGGCACCAAGGAUUUCAGUCUUGGAAUCCAUUCUAUCUCUUUUUUCUUUAAAAUAUGUUCUUUAUUAUUAUAAAUUCUUUCUAUAACCCAAAAUCGGAAAUUGGCUGUAGAAUGUUGCCUUUCUACAAAAUGACCGACGGAGCUCCCACUCUUCUGUUUUUUAGAUUAGAGAGGUGUUCCCCUAUUCAAUGUUUUAUCGGUCUUGUGGUCCAUCCCACAUAAAGUUUCUUACAUAUACAUUGAGUAGCAUAGAUCACAAAACUAGUAUUCCAUAUGCUAAAGUGGGAUAGUUUAUAUCACUGCUGGUCAUUGCAAUUUACAAAUUCUGUCAUUAUAGUUGUGGGGGUGCAAUAUGUGCAAUGACCACAUGGAUGGUGUCCUACUGGCUUAGAUAGACUCAUUACAGUAUUCUCAACAGUUUGUUUUAAGGUUUUACAAUCAGUAUUCAUUACUAAGUCCCUGAUGUUUUUGGUUCUUUUAAAUGAAAUCCUUGGUUUUUGUUUACAUUCUGGAAUGUCUUCUAACACUUCAGUUUCCACUAGCUUAGCAGUUUAGAAGUUGUAAGGGAUACUAUUUCACAGAGGUACAAUAUAUAUAAAUUUGCUCAUAGGAAAAUCUCAUUGAGUUCAGUGGUGUUUACUGUCAGGUAGUGCAUUCACAUGUGUAAUUUAUGAGACACUUUAUAUCAGUUGUAUACAGUGGUGUUAGCCAUGUUAAAUGUAAAUAUAGUUGGAGAGGUUUAUGUCUCCAUUCAGAAACAUCUCUUCUAUAUUUGUAUGGUGUGUACCCCUGCAUGUAGUGUGAAGCAGCUCCUCUGUUAUAUAUUGCUGGAUUGACCUUUAUCCUGCCAGCUGCUGCUUUGUCUCAUCCUGCUACUUUUCUGCAAGAUUAUUACACUAUAGUUAACAGUACCAAUAGCUCCAGCAGUUAUGGGGGUAAAGCUGCCUAAAUAUGUGAUCCCAUUUCUCCCUAUAUGCAGUGAAGAGGUUGCCUUUUUUAUUUUAUUUUUAAGUUUUCAAGUGUAGCAUGAUCUCUUUUGCAUGUUAAAGACUGUUUCAGACUUGAAAAACAGGUAGAAAUUCCUCAUCUCUACCCAUGUAUAAUCUGCAAGUCACUUUAGCUUUCUGCUGGAUAAACUUCUGUUAGUUGGCAAACAAAAGGACAGGGCAGGCUGUGUCUCUUCCUUGACUGCAGUGUGCGAUAAGUAACAUUUUAGGCAGUGAACCAUUUUAGGCAGUAAUAAACAGUAAUUGUUUAGUGCACCUUGCCUUCUAAUACAAUUUAAAUCCCUUCUAUCAAAUGCAAAUGUUGAGCUCUCAAGUAGAGUUUUAAAUAGCAUUUUUUUCUGUGCUUUUUCCUUAUCUUUUGCUUUUCACAAAGUGGUGUGUCAGUGACUGGGGAAGGCAUAAUUCCACCAGCAUCGUUUUGUGUCUUAAAAGAGAAUUGCCUAGUCCAGUCUGGAAAAGGGCCCUAUAUAAUUGAAGAGAGAACAGAAAAUUGGUGAAGUCCUUUCUUUCCCAAAACAAAUGUCAUUGCAGGAUAUGAGAAUUCCUGAUGUACACUGUAUUCUCUUUUUUUUUGCAAAUGGCUUAAAAAUGUAAUCGGCAUAUGGCAGGGAUGGGUGAAAGACUAUGAGCUGCAUGCAGCUGAAAAAAAUGUUGACAGUGUACUCCAUGAGCUUAAAAAUCAAAAGGCAUGUUCAAAGGAAUCCCAAAUACUUUGUGGAUUUAAGCAUCUUACAAUUCAUAAACCCAUCUGGCUUUCAGGACUGAGCAAGUAGACUACCUUAGAUGCAGUUUUCAAUAGAGGAUGGAAACAACAACUUACCAAGUGGAAACUUACUGUGGUGCAAUAGCAGCACCUGGCAAGUUGCCCAUUUUCCAUAUCUCCCCAAGUGAAGAGAACUUGAUCAUUUUAUGUAAGCAUCCAAUCAGAAAUUUCAGAGGUUCUAAAGAAUGACAAAAUGUUCAACACCCAGUUUAAGUUGGCGGUGGCUGGCCCUAUUCACCAUGAAUUGGCUAUGCAAAACCUUGAAAAGUACAUCAUCAACUUGAUGUAUCAUUGCAGUUCUUCUAGGAAUUGUGUUUUGGAAAUUUCUUAUUUCAUCCAGCCAGUCCAGAUUCAGCUCAGAAAUAUGCUGCAAGUUAUGAAGAUUGUAAGCCCGAGGGCAGGGAACCGUCUAAUUAAAAAGGUUGUAUGUACAGCGCUGUGUAAAUUUACAGCGCUUCAUAAAUAAAGGUUAA